AAAAGAUCGUGACGUGUAAGAGCUGCUUGUGAUUGCGACGGUCGGCUGCUUUAUGGACUCAGACAGGUUCAUCGUCUUUAUCCCGUUUCAACAUUCAGCUAAUGUUUAAUCGAUAUAAUGGUUGAAUUUAUUCUUAAGAAUAUUGGAAGGGCUGCAAAGAAAAACCUGAGAACUAUAGAGCAGUAAACCUAACAACUGUGGUAGGCUCACAGUAAAGUUAGAAGUUAAUUUUGAGGCUAAAUCAAGACAGAAUUCAGAACCAAUUGGCUUCAUGCUGGUUUCAACGAUGAAGAAAUUUAAGAAUCGCAUAGUGGGAGACAAGAAAGCCAGCAUACUGGAAGCUGACUGUUCGGGAAUAAGCCCUGAACCAAAUGUGAAGAAACACAAUAAGUUAAGGGCCAUUUUCUCACCAUUUUCUCACAAGAAGGAAAAAACAUUUGAUUCAACAGACAACAUUGUGGAUAUUGUAGAAAUCAAUGGCAAAAUUUGGGAUUCUAUAAAAGUACUAUCAGAAAAAGACAUCAAAGAACUUAUUGAACAAAAGCAAUAUUUUAAGGCUGACUGCCACCUCAUCAAAUUGGAACAUGAGCAGUAUGCUAAUGACACAACAGAGACUGAUGAAGAUCUCAUCAAAGAGAAAAAGAAAGGAAUUGAAUCACUGUAUGAACUGCUGAGUGCUGAAAUUUUCACAGUGGUGAAAAACUCAAUGAACAUUUCCAAGGAAGAUCCAGAUCUGUUGAAAAUGGCAGUACAAGUGAAAAUCCAAGAAGAAAAAGCAGAUCAGACAUAUCUACAGGAAAAAGAGAAAUCUGGAGGCAUUGCAGAGGUUAGGCCAAGAGAAUGGGAAUCUAAAUGGCUGAGUAUUUUAGAGCAAUCUGUGAAUGAAAGAUUAGGUGAACUACCCAGUGUUUCUGAUGUUGACAAAGACAAAUGGGUCAUUGAAUGUUUAGUGCAGCAUCACAAAAAACUGGAAAAGGACUUUGACACCAUUGUGAACUGCAUCGUGCCAUGUUAUCCACAAGAGUACAACAUAUGUGAAAAGUACGUGGAAUAUUAUCAUAAGAAAAGUUCCUCCCACAUGGAAUUAAUUGUAGAGAGUGGACUAAAAGGGAAAGAAGUUUAUGCCUUUCUGCACUGGAUUUACUCUUGUUAUCCAAAACUUAUGAGUACCAUCACACAAUGGGAAGAUACAAGUCAGGAACUGGCAAACACCUUGCUCCCAGAAAGGAUGAUCAGUCAUUUGAAAAGUGAAUACUUUUCUGCUUUACAGUCAGAUGCUAAAUUGCACAUGGAUAAGAGUCUCCAUAUAGAAGAGAAAAAUUGGAAAAGUGAGGAAGAGCCUAUUGUGCUGAAUGGAUAUUACCACAGUGAGCUACCUAUCGACAUAAUCCAGAUAAUUGAGGGGGCAAUCCAGAAUGCCAGAACUCUUUCUAAUGAGAUGGCUGACAGAGCACUAGACAUCAUGCUAGAGGAAACAAAUUCCUUCCUGGAAAGCUUCCAGCGAUCGGCAGAGAACUUUGAAAAAUUGAAUUUGAACCAAACAAAUUUUAUUUCCAUUAUAAUUUUAAUCACCAACUGCUGUGAAGUUAUCAGGAAUUAUAUUGAUACAAAUGAGAAAAUCACAAAUGCAGAAGUGAAGGAGAAAGUUCUAUCAAUUUUGAACGAAAUGGAAAAGAAGAGAAAAGACAUUUUAUUAAAGACCUUGUUUUGUAAAUUAAAGCCUCACUGUAAAAAACUGGUGACAGAAAAAUGGCUCAAGUCCUCAGAUCCCAUGAACAAAAUGCUUGAAAUAUUGGAGGAGGAUCUUGCAAAAUUAGCGAAAUUAAAAGCACCCUUGUAUCAGAAUAUAUUGAGGGAAAUCCAUAAGCAGCUCGUUACAGAAUACAUUAUAAGAAUUAUGAAGAAAAGGCUAAAUUGCAAAACAGUAGAUCAGCAGAAAAAAGUGGCAGACCAAAUAGAGAAUGAAGCUAUCCAGUUACAGAAACUCUUCACUUUUUACAGAUCUGAAGCUACGUAUCUAGAGUCUGCACUCCUUAAAAUAGCUGAAAUCAUCAGGCUUAAAGACAUUGAAGCUAUUACAAUGGAAGUUGCUGCACUUUUCCAAGACUUCCCAGAUGUUCAAAAACAGCACGUUGGAGCCAUCUUACACAUUAAAGGGAACAUGAAAAAAUCAGAUGAAAAGGAGAUUCUGAACAUUCUUAACACCCCCAUGAACAAUGCAGACACUUCCGUGGACCUGAAGCUCUUUACCAGUUCUUCAGUUCUAAAGGCUCUCUGAGAAUCAACACAUCACUGGAAACCAUCGCAGUGGUUUUCAAACUGCAAAUAUUUUUUAGUCUUGUGCUGAAGGAUUCAAUUACAAAGGAAUACCUUUUCAAGUGCACAUUGUCAGUUUGUCACACUUCUAAUAUCACACAUUUGGAUGGUAAUUGCCACACAAGUUACACCACUGUGAAAUCUUUCCUUAAACCAACAAUCUUCUGGCUGAAUGUCUAUCAAGAAAGAAAGGACUUGUAUUUUCUAUUAUGCCUAUCAUCUCCUUAGGAUGUCUGAAUGUACUUUAUAACUUCUAGGGAUUUCUGACCAAGUUGUCACUGAAUGGCUUUGGGAAAAUAUAUGUUAAAAUGGUGUGGUUCACCUGAAUUUGGCUCCAGAUGGAUAAAUACAAUGGACAACAAGGCUUGGAGCUAGAGGUCAGGUUUCGGGUGGUGAGCUCAGACAAUAGAAGGCUUAUUCACAUUCACUUGCUGCUACAACAACCCUUUUCAUUUAAACUUAGAGGGUAGGCAGGGAGUGGCAAGGUAUAUUGCCAGAUUUUGUUCUUGGGUAGAGGGAGGAGUAGUCAGUUUGACUGAAAACUGGGAGGCAAGCAGACAUGAAAGCAGGCAGCUGCUAUGGUAAUAAGAACAGAAGAUGCUGGAAACACUCGGCAGACAGGCAACAUCUGUGGAAAUGAAGUAGAGUUAACAUUUCGGGUAAAGACCCUUCAUUAGAACUAGAAAGAGAGUAAGCAAGUUAGAUUAGCCGUGACAGAAGGUGUAGUUCCAUGUUGGAUCAAAAGUCAAAGUCCCAAGAUUGAAUUUUUUUUAGCCAGCUGUUGUUUAGAAAGUGGUUUUAAAAACUCACUUGAGAUUAUCCACUGAAGGUAUAGUAAAUUGAUAUUUCCAAUAGAAAAGCUGAAGCUGCAGCUGAAUGUGGUGGUUAUUUAUGAUGACUUCUGGUACUACGUAGUCAAAUGCUGUAUAAUAAACCAGUUUAAUGAUUCACAUUUCACCUGACCUCAUCAAAUGCUCACUCAGACUGCCUUUGAAGAGAGUCAAACAAUAUGUAUUCAAAUAUUUGCUUUGUUGGGCAUGUGGCAUUGUUAUUGUGACCCCAUUGAACAAGAGAAUGCAUCAACUGUAGAAUGGAAUAUGUAGCAACAGUUGAUUUGAUUCUCUUUGAAGUGGAGUCAUUUUUUGUUGUGUGGAAAACAGAGUGCUGCAGAUAUUUGUACAUUGGGAACUCGAUAUCUAGAUAGGUGGAACCCUCAGAAAUUUCUAAAAGAUGUGAAGCUAGAGAAGAAAGAGCAGCAUUUCUUCUUUUAUACAACGCACUUUGCAGUAAACAACAAUAUCAGAAAAGUUACCAAACUCUAGGUGGCACUGAUGCAUAUUUCUAAGUUUAUUGUCAGGCGGCAUGGUAGCAUAGUGGUUAGCGCAACGCUAUUACAGCGCCAGCGAUCGGGGUUCAAUUCCUGUCGCUGUCUGUAAGGAGUUUGUAUGUUCUCCCGUGUCUGCGUGGGUUUCCUCCAGGUGCUCCGGUUUCCUCCCACAUUGCAAAGACGUACGGGUAGGUUAAUUUGGGUUUAAAAUGGGCGGCGCGGACUCGUUGGGCCGGAAGGUCCUGUUACCACGCUGUAAAUAAAAUUUAAAUUUAAAAAAAAAUUAACUCAUAAUGCUAACAUUAAGAGAGAAUUCUGUAACCCAAGCUAUUUUUAAGCACUUCAUCCACAUAUUUUAGGGCAGAAAAGUACCUAAUUAUCUAUCAGUAAAACUGCUAGUUUAUUGGCAGUAUCUGACUUACUUCAACAUUAAAAAAAAGUCUUGGGUAAUCAAAGCUCUUAAAUAAUAGCACUUAUUCCUUAUUCUUUUCCAUGCCUUUAACACUAUUUCAUACCUUUUGGUAAUGAAAUGAAACUCAUUUGUUUUCAUUGACACAUUUCCAAAUUGGAAUCUCCAUCUUUUAAAAACUGCUUCUGAUUGGUUGAGAAGCUGACUUAAGGUUAGUAUUUCUCAGCCAAUCAGUGCUGUAUUUUCUUGUUAUUUGACUUAAUUAGAUAAUAGAUGUGCCUGAGCAAAAUUUAUUUUGAUAAUUUGGUUUGUGAAGUUAGAAUUCUUCAUAUUAUGUUUUAUGUCAAUUUCACAGACCUUUGGCAUAUCAUAUGGUGACAAACACAGUUAUCAAAUGCAAAAUUCGCAAUUGCUACAAACACGGCAGGUCAAGCAGCAUAUGUGCAGAGAAAUGAAGUAAAGCUUUCAGGUCCAGAUGUUUUGUCAGAAUUGAUUCUGUUUUUAUUUCAGAUUUCCAGUAUCUGCAGUAUUUUUUUUAAUUUUCGGUUUUUUACUGCUUUUUGAGUGAACUGAUCUGUGACUAUUGCAGAGCAAGGAAUAGAGGAGGAAUAUCUUAUUUCUUUUUUUAAAAAGCAAAUAUACUCUCUUUAUUUCAUUCUGAACCAAUGUGCUUUUCUAGCAUUGAAAUAACUUUUAGCACUUUCAGAAGACAUUCUAUUAUCCGAUAUUACAGCAGAAGCUGAAUGCUUUUACUUAAAUAGUAAGCAGAGGAAUAUAAAAUGAGCAUGCUAAGGAUUUGCAGAUAUUGCUAACAGUCUUAUCUAUGCACUAUAUUUUAAACAUUGGAGUUAGCCAUUGUAAUUAACAGCACAAGAACUACUUUUCAAUAUGGAGUCAACAAGUGUGAACAAUAAACAAUUUGAUGCUGAGUGUCAUGUUAAGUCUCAAAAAUUUUCUUCAUAUUUAGCUUAAAUGCUAUUCAAGUUCCUCAUAUUGUAAUUGCUACACAAAUACUUCUGUUUUGUAAGUUACCUAAUCAAAAACGUUUGCAUAGUUUUAUAGCAUACCUAAAAGUGACAUAGGCAACCUUAAAACAUAUUGCCCAGUUAGCUACUAU